GACUUUGCAGGCGUCCUCUUUGGGAUUCUGGGGCUGGGCGGCGAGCAUGGGCGGCUUGCCAGUGGCUGCCACACGCCGCAUCCCUCCAACGCCCAUGGCUGCUGCCACGCCAUCUGUCAUGCCGCUGUACUCGCAGGCAGGAUAGAAUAUAGAUACAAUGUACAUGUACAUGUAUGGUAUACUCGCAACCAUCUCGAAUCUGCUGUAAACCCCAACUCCAGUGCUGCUUACUUCUCAUGUAUGUAUAGCUCCAUCGUCAGUCAUCCUCUGCCUUGGCUGGCUGGUCGCAUGGGUCGUCGUUGCCCUCUGCGCCUAUACACGCACGCUUACCGCCUGCCUGCCUACUUACAUUGCAGCUUAGCUACCUACCUAACCAACUAUUUCUUCCUUCCUUCCUGCUCCCUGGCCCCUACUACAUAAUUACAAAGCUUGCCUCAUCCUUUGUCGUGUUUCGCACCCAGUCAGUCAUUGAAUCAAUUAUACACUUGAUUAUACCGUCGUCUUGUUCCGCAUCCACUCACACACCCACCUGCUCGCGUUGGAAGCCUGCGUGCCUGUCUGUACUAGCAUCCAGAAAAUACCGGUAGCGCAGCCUAUGUAGCUGUACGUCCCGUCACACCCUCAGACCCCCCUGCCAUCAUAUCCCGCCCAUCCAUCCAUCCAUCCACACUCCAUCCAUCCCUCCAUUCAUUCAUGAAGCCACUCUCACCCCCAUGCCUGCUCUAGCGAAGCAUGGCCCUCCCUUGCAUUGUCCUUCGGCCUCUCCCUCCUCAUUCUUUUCCCCUUCCCUCGUCACCGUCGACUCUUUCUUCUCCAUUACCCCCAUCCCACGCACCCUUCUCUCCAGAGCCAUGUAGUGUCGCCCUAGACGGCCUCUUACUGACCGCUACCUGCUCGCCAGACGUCGCCGCCCCUCUCCAACACACGUACCGCCGCCCCAUCCAUCGCGAGCCGCCAACCAUUCCGCAAUCCGUAAAUCGCCCGGAUUGACUCUCCGUCUGCCCCUCCGUUCCCCAGUCCUCACUCCUCCCGGGCUCUGCUGGCUUCUUCCAGCCAGAGUGCCGGAGCUCGCGCCGUAGCCACCAUUUACAAGACAUGUCAUGCGUCGAAGGCGGACGACGACUUCGCAAAGGCAUAGGCACAAGCCGGUCUUGGUGAAAGCGUCCGACAGCAUCAUCAUCAUCAAGUCGCGCUGGGCUUGAUCUCUCGGUAAUCAGCGCUUCAAUCGGGAAUUUUCACCUGGGUCCGCACCGUCCCCAACUUCGCAUAUCAACGCAUUUAACAGAAAACACUACUCCAAUAUAAUUCCGCCCAGUCCCCUCACACCUCGAGCAAUGACCAUGGUACGGCAAUACCCUCCGCAGCCUCCGCCGGCUUCAUUCCAGCUUCCGCCGCCUCCAUCGCACAACCAGCUCCUCCCCAAUGGCCAGGGAAUCGAGCAGAGGAGCCUGGCGCUGCAACCACCUCCGCAGCAGUACGCACACCCAUUGUCGAGGCACAACUCAUAUCCAUCGCAAACCCCAGAUGGCAUCCGUAAUGCCUCGAAGCCGCCCGAACACAUGCUCCGACGCAAGACACCCAACGGUAUACUCGCAGCAGCAUACGACGGGACAUCUAUCGAGCAGUCCGAAAAGCCUCACGCAACCAAGCACAUCCUUCUCCCGGUGACGGCCGAGUCAAAGAUUCCUUAUGGUCUGAAGCAGGACUUGCCUAUGAGGUCUCCAGGCGUCAACGCCGAGUUCGGUCAGCCUUCCCACGAUGUCACGCCAGAUUGGAGUCCUAGUCUCUACUUCGAGACUGGAUCGGGUCGAGCAGGUCCACAUCCCUUGCCUCAAAUCGACUCCAUGCUGAACCAGAUGCCCUCCAUGCAGACGCACCAGCAAUAUCAUAUGGUCGGGAAUCCGUAUGGCGCGCCCGCCGACUUUUCUUUGCAUAGCCAACUGGGACCUACAAUAUCGAAUGAUCAGGGCCCAUUUGGCCCUUAUUGGCAUGACGGCACUUUUAUACCUUAUCAGCCGGCUGCUCUUCGCGACCCUCGUUUUUAUAACCAUCCUCAUGCGCCAAACUGGACACAUCCCCAGCACAAUGCUUUUCUAAAUCACGCUUAUAAUACAAUGCCCAACCUUACGAUCCAACCUAAUCCUUAUCAGCUACAGCACUCCACUCCAUUUGGGAGCAUACCAAGGCCAUCUUACGAUUUUCUUCCUCAGUUCCAACAACCCCAACGUAACGUCGCGUUGGACUACCAGAAUCACCCACUGGCCAUAGGCACGAGCCAACUAUCAUCUCAUUCAGAAUAUUCUGUAUCAUCAUCAGGCCAGACCACCCCUGUGGCUGAGCAAACACCAACGUCGAACCCUCUGGCCGAAUUUGGCCCACAAUCCGUCAACGCACAAUCGAGAGAGAAGGUCUUUGCAUGGGCACACGCCGUCUAUGUGGACCUUCUGAAAUAUCUCCAAUCAACACGCAAAUCGAACUCACAGCUUCCUGAUGGCCACCAGCAACCCGCACGACCGCAUAUUUAUCCCAAGCCACCACGACAACCAGCAGCAAACUUCUCUUCUUCCUCGUCCACGAAGCCCACCCAAGCGUUUGAACGACCUGAUCUGACCCGACCUGCUUCAUUCGACUCUUAUUCUCAAACGUUACCAAACCGAGAAGUUUAUCAAAGACCCAACCCGACUCGUUCGUACACGUCCUGGUCGGCCAGUGGAUCGGAUCUCAACACACACAAACAACCAUGGCACACUGUACAACAAUCGUAUAAUAAUCCGCUUAUGAUGCAUCCGGGAAUAGAACCACUACGCCCGCUGCGACGCAUAUCAGGAUCCGUCUCGGGAAUCCAUCAAAACCUGCAUAAUGAAGUGCCCCCCAGCAUGACCGCAGCUUCGGCCCUUGACGCCAUCACCAAGCAUUGCGAAGAAAGCAGUUGGAAUUGGAUAGACGGCAUAUUAUUAGGUGGCUGUUUGGCUUAUGCUUUGGGAGACUAUCUCAAAGCUCAAAACUGGUAUAAACACAUUUUGAAACUAGAUCCAGAUCACGUUGAAGCAACAUCGAACCUCGCCGCAACCUUACUGGCCCUGCAGCAAAAGGGCGAAGCUGAGCGGUAUUGGAGACAUGCCGUCAAACUUCGACCCAGCUACUUUGAAGCUGUAGAACAUUUGAUUGGAUUAUUGUGCAGUGCAAAUAGAGGUCAAGAAGCUAUCAAAGUCAUACAAGAGGUAGAGCGAUCAUUAGAUUUCGCCAAGAAGAAAGACAUGCUCAAGAACACGGAUGGCGCGAGUGAACGCUCCGUUUCGUCUGUCAGUGAGUCGUCGUCUAACCACUCGGAAUUAUCAGACCGGCCGGUGUUUGAUUUCGAGGCCGAGAAUGAGUCGGCUGUAAAAGACCACGAAGAGUUGCCUGGAUCCGAUCAGCCUGGUUUUGGAUCUAGCGGCUACGCCAUUCCCGGUGCUGACAAUGGCCGCAUCCUCGCUUUGGUUCAUGCCAAAGGCAACAUGCUGUACGCUCUAGGCGACAAUGCUGGCGCAGCCAAAGCGUUUGAGAAUGCUGUGCUGAUUGGGGCUGGCAAACAGAUACAAGACAUACAUGGACUGAUCAAGCACAUUCUCUCCGUCGUUGGUUAUGACAGCGCCGAGCGCUCUCCUGGUGGUCGUUAUGUUCCCCCUUCCACUGAUCCCGUCUUGCUUCAUCCGGAUCCGGCAUUGAAAACGGCCCAGCUUUGCUUUCCACCCCACGGACAACUUCCCGGGUUGAAAUAUGUACCCAGUGAGGGCAUGUCACGAAAGGCUGCCAUCUCAACAACAAGCAAUUCUCUGCUCUCUUUGGCCAAGAUCUUUCAAGAUGGGAUGGCAACGAAUUCGCCCAAGGCUGCUGCUUUCCAAAGUAACUACGGUGUUCGAGAAAUCCUCGCGCUGUAUUACCUGUCUCUGGCGUUGCAGCCUAGUCCUUCCACAGCGAACAAUGUCGGAAUUUUGCUCGCCAGCGUUCAACAAUCGGCACCGUCAAAGCACAUUGCCGUCUCCAAUCCAUUAAUGAAACCUUCGAUCCCCGGGCUGGUGCCUGGAAGUGGUAUUGCACUUGCCCUGGCCUAUUACAAUUACGGCUUACUGCUCGACCCUCGACACGCACACUUGUAUACCAAUCUUGGCAGCCUUCUGAAGGAUAUUGGCCAAUUGGACGUUGCCAUAUCCAUGUAUGAGCAAGCGGUGAAUUGCGACAAGAACUUUGAUAUUGCACUCGCGAAUUUGGCAAAUGCAGUCAAAGAUAAGGGACGGAUUACCGAUGCCAUCAUGUACUACAAACGAGCUGUAAAGUCAAGUCCUGACUUCGCAGAGGCUGUAUGUGGGCUAGCUAACGCUUUGAAUUCGGUGUGUGGAUGGAAUGGGAGAGGCGGAAUAGCCAACGAUCGCGGGGCCCGCGACCGCUGGCACGUGGACGAUAGUGGCAUGUUGCUCGAUGCGACAGCGUCAGGAGCCAAGAGCUUUGGCUGGAUCCACAAAGUCGUCAGUCUUGUUGAGAAACAGCUUGCCGAUGGCGAGGACUGGGGUCGAGGCAUCAUGGACGACCAAUUCCUUCGCGACGUGAUGCAGCCACUGGCACUCACCUCUGGCUCGCCUCAGGAUGCCAGAGAAAAGCAGAUUCGGUUCCGAGAAACGCUUAUCGAGUGGCGGGGCCAGAAGUGGGAAGGUUCACGAAUCGUUCGCCUCAUUGAGCGUGCUGUGAAAAGAAUUACCUGGCAAUGGUAUCAAGAUCUCUAUAAGCCUGGAGGCAAGCAACGACCGUCUGCGAGCUACAGACGGCCCCAACUUCCGGCCGCAUUGACAGUACCGGCUGCACCUACAGUUCUCCCGUUCCACACCUUCACUUGCCCCAUGUCAGCAAAGCAAAUCCGCCUCAUCUCUCAGCGCAACGGGCUUAGGAUAUCCUGUUCGACCCUGAGAGCCCCAUGGCUGCCUCCGACCGUGUACGCACCUCCCCCUCCGCCCGCACCCUACCUCAAAGUCGGAUAUGUGUCGUCGGACUUCAACAACCACCCACUGGCCCACUUGAUGCAGUCGGUUUUCGGUCUGCAUGAUCUAUCCCGAGUCAAAGCUUUCUGCUAUGCUACCACGGCGACAGACAAGUCCAUUCAUCGCCAGCAAAUCGAGCAAGAAGCACCCGUUUUUCACGACGCCAGCAGUUGGCCUGCGGAACGUCUUGUUCGCCAGAUUCUCGACGACGGUAUCCACGUGUUGAUCAACUUGAAUGGCUACACCAGGGGGGCGAGAAACGAAGUUUUCGCAGCGCGCCCAGCACCUGUUCAGAUGUCUUUCAUGGGUUUUGCUGGUACGCUAGGUGCAGAGUGGUGCGACUAUCUUCUCGCCGAUGACACUGCUGUACCACCAGACACUCUUCGUGAUUGGCGGCGCAACGUUGACAUGGAAGACACCUUGAAAGACGAAAACAGCGGUGGCGAGCAAGAUGACUGGAUCUACGGCGAGAACAUCAUCUACUGUCGGGAUACCUUCUUCUGUUGUGACCAUCGACAGAGCGCACCCGACGCCAAAGAAGCCCAGCUCAAUUGGGAAGACGAACAGCAGCGAAGGUGGAAUAUGCGAAAAGAAAUCUUCCCUCAGAUUCCCGACGAUGCCAUCAUCCUAGGCAACUUCAACCAGUUGUACAAGAUUGAACCAACAACCUUCCGUACAUGGCUUCGCAUAUUGACCCGACUUCCCAAAGCGAUCCUCUGGCUACUCCGCUUUCCGGACUUGGGUGAAACCAACCUCAAGCAUACCGCUUAUCUCUGGGGAGGUUCCGACGUAGCAUCACGCGUGAUAUUCACCGACGUGGCGCAAAAGAGCCAACACAUUGCUCGCGCACGCGUCUGUGACCUCUUUCUAGAUACUCCAGAGUGUAAUGCUCACACCACCGCCACCGACGCGCUAUGGUCCGGGACACCUUUACUCACAUUGCCACGCUACAAGUACAAGAUGUGCUCGCGGAUGGCCGCGUCGAUCCUCAAGGGUGCGCUCCCCAAGACGCCAGAAGGCGAUCGAGCUGCAAAGGACCUCAUCGCCUCCAACGACCAAGAAUACGAAGACAUGGCUGUGCGACUGGGUAAUGAUUGCGUCUAUAGGGGCCACCGUGCAACGGGGCGCCUGAGUGAAUUGCGGCGCAUGCUGUAUGGGGCAAGGUGGAACAGCGCUCUAUUCGACACCAAGAGGUGGGUCAGGGACUUGGAGGACUCGUAUGAGAUUGCGUGGGAGCGUUGGCAAAAGGGCGAAGGGGGGGACAUUUGGCUGAGAGACCACGAACCCGGCAAGGGCGUUCUGAAGCAGAGGAAAGAGAUCUCGGCUCCCUCUUCUUGA